UUUCCCGAGAAAAAUCAUUCAAUAACAAUUCAUCAAGUAAAGAGGACGUUUAAAUUUAAAGAAUUGCGAAAUUUUGUAGCGUUUAUGACAUAAAGUUGCGCCAAUUUAGGGUGUACUUGAGGCGCAGAGGCAGUCGGCGAGUGUCGUCAGAGUGAGCAUUUCGUAGAACUGUACGGUGCAAUAACGAAGCUUGUUAGCGGAGUUUUGUAAAGAAGAUUGUCUGCUGUUGCAGUCUGCGACACCUGUGAGGGAGUUGUGAAAAUGGAACUAAUGAGUUCCAUGUUGUUGUGUGCGCUCGUCGCGCUACUGCCGCAAACUUUAGGUAAGUCGGAAUUCAACAAUAAUGUGGAAAUAAGAAGAGCUCACAAAGCGUAUAAAAAUUCUCCGCGUGCAAUGAUUUUGAAUAUGAAAGGAGCAUACACGAAUGAAAAUUCAGUAUUACAUACAGUAUACGAAGAUGUUGAAUGUCAGAAGUGUCACGAUUGUAUGGAUAGGUCUAUCAAAGCGCAAUUUACAUACAAUCAAGCUAAGAAAUUUCACCCUAGUGCUAAAGAACUGCAUGAAGAUCUAUUAAGACAUAAAGUUGUAGAUAAUAGAUUCAAAAGAGACGUCGCAAAGAAAGAUGCAAAAAAAGAUAAUAAACUUUCGACAAAACAUAAAGAAAUAAAACCUUCCAAACAGGCUACUGUAACGAAAUAUGAUGUCAAUGGUUCAAUAUACGCUCUGAAAAUAAAAGACAUUGAUGAAUCAGGCUUAAUUAAAGACGAUACUAUUUGCGAAAUAUAUAGUGUGAAGAAAUCUGUUGCAUGUGAUUCGCCUGAAGUAGAUACGCUUUUAAUAGGAGCAAGGAAGGAAAGGAAAAAGAUGCAAGUAAACAAAACAACAGCAUCUCAUCGUCCACCAAAUUCUAAAUUGCCUUUACUGAAAGCGGCUGCUACGUGGUCUUCAACAAAAACAACAGCUAAGACUACUCCUCCCACUACUCCAGAAACUAUUUUUAAAAAGAGGGAGAUGGACAAUUCUGAUGCUCCAGAUUUUAUGCCGUCCAUUGAAGAAAUGGCGUACUAAAUUUCCCGAUCUAUUUUAAAUGUCCUUUAUUAAAUUUGCUACUAUUUUUAAUAAAAAAAAUAGCAUUAGUAUUUAUGGAUUAA